AUGGCCCUCCCGGUCUCUGCACUGCUGGCCCUGGUGGUGCUGUGCUCUAGCCCCGCCUGCUCUCUGGGCUGCGACCUGCCUCUGAGCCAUGGCAAGUGGGAAAUCUUCACCCUUUUGGCGCAAAUGGAAAGAAUCUCCAUCCUGUCAUGUCUGAAGGACAGGACUUACUUCGGAUUUCCUCAGAUACUUGUGGGUGGACACCAGGUUGACAGGACACAAGCCACAGCUGCCAUACAUGAGACGCUCCAGCAGAUCUUCAUCCUGUUCAGCACCAGGGGCUCUUCUGUGGCCAGGAAUGAGACCCUGCUCGAGAAAUUCCUCCAAGAACUUCAUCAACGGCUGGAUGGCCUGGAGACCUGUCUGGGGAAGGAAAAGGAGGUGGAACCGUCACCCCCAGGAAGCGAGAACCCCAGACUGGCUGUGAAGAGUUACUUCCAAAGAAUCAGUCUCUAUCUGAAAGAGAAGAAGUACAGCCGUUGUGCCUGGGAGAUUGUCAGGGUGGAAGUCAGAAGGUGCUUGCUCAUCAUUAACAAUCUCUCAGGGAAACUCAGGAAAUCAGGAAGACAUUGA